ACUCCUGGAGGAGGCCUGCCGCCAGGGCCUACCUUUUGCUGCCUGGGACGGGCCCACCGUGGUGUCCUGGCUGGAGCUGUGGGUAGGCAUGCCUGCCUGGUACGUGGCCGCCUGCCGGGCCAAUGUCAAGAGCGGUGCCAUCAUGGCCAACCUGUCAGACACAGAGAUCCAGCGCGAGAUCGGCAUCAGCAACCCGCUGCACAGACUCAAGCUUCGCCUCGCCAUCCAGGAGAUGGUCUCGCUCACCUCGCCCUCGGCCCCCGCCUCCUCUCGCACUUCCACAGGAAACGUGUGGAUGACACACGAGGAGAUGGAGUCCCUUACGGCCACGACCAAGCCCAUCCUGGCAUAUGGCGACAUGAACCACGAGUGGGUGGGGAACGACUGGCUGCCCAGCCUGGGGCUGCCCCAAUACCGCAGCUACUUCAUGGAGUCGCUGGUGGAUGCCCGAAUGUUAGAUCACCUUAACAAGAAGGAGCUCCGGGGCCAACUCAAGAUGGUGGACAGCUUUCACAGGGUGAGUCUACAUUAUGGAAUUAUGUGCCUGAAACGGCUUAACUAUGACCGGAAGGACCUGGAGCGGAGGCGGGAAGAAAGUCAGACCCAGAUCCGAGACGUGAUGGUGUGGUCCAAUGAGCGGGUCAUGGGUUGGGUGUCCGGGCUGGGCCUGAAAGAAUUUGCCACGAACCUCACGGAGAGCGGGGUACACGGGGCACUGCUCGCCCUGGACGAGACCUUCGACUACUCCGACCUGGCCUUGCUCCUGCAGAUCCCCACGCAGAAUGCACAGGCCCGGCAGCUCCUGGAGAAGGAAUUCAGCAACCUUAUCUCCUUAGGCACAGACAGGCGGCUGGACGAGGACAGCGCCAAGUCUUUCAGCCGCUCCCCAUCCUGGCGGAAGAUGUUCCGGGAGAAGGACCUCCGAGGCGUAACUCCCGACUCAGCUGAGAUGUUGCCCCCCAACUUUCGUUCGGCUGCAGCAGGAGCCCUGGGCUCUCCGGGGCUCCCUCUCCGCAAGCUGCAGCCAGAAGGCCAGACUUCUGGGAGUUCCCGGGCAGACGGCGUUUCGGUCCGGACCUAUUCCUGCUAGUGCAGGCCUCCAGGUGAGGACCGUGCUGGGCGACCUUGGGGGUGCGGGGCGGCACGGUGGAUAUUCACUGCUCCACGCGCUGCCCGGCGUCAUGCAGGUGACCUCACUCGGACGGAAGAAUCUUCCCGAGGUUGGGCUGUUCCCUCUCCUGCCCGGACUGUGGCCUCGCCGGGGAGAGCGGGCGGGGGAGCUGGCGCCUAGGACUGGACCAUCUGUACAGACCAGCGGGCGUGCGCGCGCCCGCCUCGCACAGGGCUGGGGCCUGAACCAAACCACAUGAACUGGACUGAGGGGGAAGAAGCGGGCAGGAAGAAAUCCCGCCCCAAACGUCCGCCUUCCUUUUCUCUACUUUGUAAUUUAUUGAUCAGUUUCUGUUGGGAGACGGGUGUCCUUUACCCGCGGGAAGGGGGCGGGGCUUCCCUUCCGGGCCGCAUGCGGGGAGAGGCUGCCCCUCCCCUUUUUCCUGCCCAGUUGCGGGGCCCAAGUCUUCCUUCUUCGUCCGAAAGGAGGGGAGGGGAGACUCGCUGCUACAAGCCUCGCCCCCUGUGCCACUCAGCUCCGCCCCGCCGCGUCCGGUCGCCGGUCCCCCGGGUCAUCUGCGGGCGGGGUCCCCUCUCCCUCCCCCGUGUCUCGUGUCCCCGGGGCCUCACCGCCCCCCGUGCUGUGGCCGUGUCCGUGCCCCAGGGGUAGGGGGCGCAGAAUGGCGCUCCCCCUUCCCCUCUGGCUCCGGGGUUUGCAUGGGAGAAUCCUCUUUCCACGAUGCCGCUGGGCGACGUGGCGUGGGGGCAGGGGGGCAGUGGGGGAGCCCUCGCCCCCGACUCUCGGUCGGCCUCCCCGCCCCAGGCGUCACUCAGUGAUCACGGGUAAAGAGAACUGUUUCAAAAAGCU